UUCGCAGGUGCUGAGUUGUCAGCUUUGUUCAACGCGAAAUAACCAGCGAGCGAGAGAGAGAAAAAUUCGUGGUUCCGUUUUAAUUUCAAGGAUUUCUACCGAGAACCUGCCCUAGCAGAAGCAGCAAGAGUCGCGCCACAAUGUUGGACCUGUUUACCAUCUUCACCAAGGGCGGCAUCGUCCUGUGGUGCUUCCGCGGAACAAAUCAACUUUUCGCACCGCCAGUCAAUGCGCUGAUCCGGAGCGUGAUCCUACAGGAACGUUCCGGAGUGUACGAUCAUGACGGGUUGUCGCUGCAAUAUAAGCUGGACAACGAGUUCGAGCUGGUGUUUGUGGUGGCGUUCCAGAAGAUUCUGCAGCUGUCGUACAUUGACAAGUUCUUGAGCGAUGUGCACCUGGAGUUCCGGGACAAGUACAAGAACGAUUUGCGAGCGGAGAAUCGCAACUAUACGAACUUUGAGUUCCAGGCGGAUUUCAGUAGGAUUUUGGCCGCGGCGGAGAAGUGGGGCAAGAAGCAGGCGACGCUGCCGAAGCAGAUGCGCAGCUACGAGGACUCCCACAAGUCGAAAAAGACCGUUGCUUCGAUGAUUGAGCGCCGAGGUGGUGAGGAGAAACCGGCCACUAAGAAAUCAGUUAAGAUUGUCGAGGCCAAGCGGGAGGAGCAGGAGAACAUUGCUCCGGUGGCGAAUGGUUCUGGGGGGAAUGAGGAUUUGAUCAUGGAGAACCGUAAGAAGAUGAUGGAAAAGUUGAGCGGAAAGAAGGGUGGCGGCGGUAAGGUGGACAAGCAAAAGUCCCCGAAGAGUCCGCCGCAAAAGUCGGGAAAGCAAAUGCGUGUUUGGGAAUUGGACGGAAAGUCGAAGGAUUUGCCCAAUUUGGACCGGUGCAAGGACAGGCCGGAGGACAUCAAGAGUGACUUUUCGUCGACGGAUAAGAUGAUUGGUAGCAUGAAGGGAGGCAUUCAGGAUUUGGAGGUUGAAAGUGACAACGAUUAUUCGGAAGAGGAGGAGGAUGAUGAUGACGACGAGGCGACUGUGACUCCGGCAGCGAAGAAAUCCGGAGGAAUGUUUUCGCUGUUUAAGGGACUGGUAGGAUCGAAGAAUCUUAGCCGGGAGGACAUGCAGCCCGCGCUGGACAAGCUGAAGGACCACUUGAUUUCGAAGAAUGUGGCCACUGACAUUUCGCACAAGUUGUGCGAAUCCGUUGCCGUCAAGCUGGAGGGCAAAGUGCUGGGCACGUUUGACACUAUCGCGGCCACCGUCAAGAACACGCUGACGGAAGCGCUGGUUCAGAUUUUGUCCCCGAAGCGACGCGUGGACAUUCUCCGUGAUUGCAUGGAGGCGAAAAAGAACAAGCGUCCGUACGUGAUGAGUUUCUGCGGCGUAAAUGGCGUCGGCAAGUCGACCAAUUUGGCCAAGAUCUGCUUUUGGUUGAUCGAGAACAACUUCAACGUGCUGAUCGCCGCUUGCGACACAUUCCGAGCCGGUGCCGUCGAACAGCUGCGCACUCACAUGAGACACUUGAACGCAUUGCACCCGCCGGAGAAGCACGGCGGACGCAGCAUGGUGCAGCUGUACGAGAAAGGAUACGGCAAGGACGCCGCCGGGAUCGCUAUGGAAGCGAUCCGUCAUGCCAACGACACUGGCGUCGACAUCGUGCUGAUCGAUACGGCCGGCCGUAUGCAGGACAAUGAACCACUGAUGCGAGCGCUGGCCAAGCUGAUCAAGGUCAACGAGCCCGAUCUGGUGCUGUUCGUGGGAGAAGCCCUCGUCGGUAACGAAGCCGUCGACCAGCUGGUCAAAUUCAACCAAGCCCUGGCGGAUUACUCAUCGAACGAAAAUCCUCACAUCAUCGACGGCAUCGUGCUGACCAAGUUUGACACCAUCGACGAUAAGGUGGGAGCCGCCAUCUCGAUGACGUACAUCACCGGCCAGCCGAUUGUGUUUGUCGGCACGGGCCAGACGUACACCGACCUGAAGAAGCUGAACGCCAAGGCCGUCGUGCACGCGUUGAUGAAGUAGACGAAAGUUGUCCGUACGUCCCGGUCCGUCUUGUGCUGUCCUCGGUUAGUUUCGAUCAAUGUUUUCCCCGAAAGAGCACACCAACAACCUGAUGAAAAAAUUGUGAAACCCCACACCCAAGUGAAGUAGAAAAAAAUUCCAGCUAGUCAGUAAGUGAAAAAAAAAACGGAAACGGAACGAAGGAAAAGAGGAAGCGAGUGCAAGAAAUUUGAUCGUUUGUACCCAGCAGAGCGCUUCUAGCAUUUUGGUUGUCCAUGUUGUCUCUAUACAUGUACCUUGUGUUGUUUACUACCUUUAUUUUUGUUUGUUUGUGGAUGUAUAUUAGUUUUAUCUGUAAAUUUUUGCCUAUUUUUUCCGUUGGCCCUACUCUUUUUGACAAAUCUUUAUGAACUAUAUUGAUGGAAAUGGGACGUUUGUCAGAUUGAAUUGGAAAAUAUACAAUACACCUGAA